AUGCUGUCGAUUGAUGAAUAUGUUGAUUUUGCAUUAAACAAUGGAAGACUGAUACUUUUGUUAAAAUUAUUGUUAGUUAUCUUUACCAGGAAAUACUCCAGUGUUCCAUAUUACAUGUUCUUAACUAGUUUAGUAUUUGCAUUCGUAUACAAGUUUUCGGUGUAUUAUAAUUUGCCUAAAUCAUGGAAGAAAAUAUCAAGUUCAGAUAUUGCACUAGUCACGGGUGGGUCGAAUGGAUUGGGUUUAGGUCUUGUCAAAGAACUUUUAAGGAGAGGCGCAUCUGUAUACAUCUUUGAUGUUAGCAAGCCAAAAUUUCAGCACGACAACCUUGUAUAUGUAUACUGUGAUCUUGAUGACGAACAAAGUGUCAACACUGAACUUGAAAAGUUGAUAGAUGAGUUAAACUCCAAGAACACAUGGAUUAAUAUUUUGAUCAACAAUGCUGGUAUCAGAGACAACAAGCCAUUGAUAAAAUUGAGUGGCGAUAGAGUGAAAACAAUGUUCAAUAUAAACACUAUGCUGCCAAUUUGGAUUCUACAAAAGGUGAUAAGUAAUCACAUUGACAAAGUAUUAUCUGUUCAACCUGAUGGCCAAUUAUUUGUUGUUACAGUGUCUUCUAUAUUGGGGACUUUAGCACCCAAAAAUCUAUCGGUGUAUUCAGCUACCAAAGCUGCCACUAUACUGAUACACGAGGCAUUACACCAAGAGUUGAAAGAGUAUCUGAAUAAUAUCAGAUUGUUGUUGGUCACCACUGGUCAGAUGUCUACAGCCAUGUUUAAAGAUGUGGAACCCUCAAAACUAUUUUUUGCCCCUAUAGUCAACCACAUUGAGUUAGCAAAACUUGUUGUUGAUAAGAUAAACGUUGGCUACGUAGGUUGCAUAUCAAAACCGUUUUAUGCAAACUUUUUGCCGGGUGUCCGAACAGUUCCUCAGUGUAUACAAGACUUUUGCAGAUACAUUUCUGAAAUGGACAAUAAAAUUAAAGAAUAG